GGAACCAGAGUUGCCGGACCUGCCACGUGCUAUCGAUAAGAAGAAGAGUCAGAAAUGGGUGGAAAGACAAAACAAGCGCCGCGCACCAAAAAUAAUGCAAAGCCCUCAAGCAGCAGCCGCACUGCCGAGCUGUUGGGCAGUUCCACGCCCAUUUUUGUGGGCUUCUCAGCGCAGACGGAUGGCGGUGGCCUAGUGCCAUUUGCUCCGGGAUUCGCCAGUGCCGAACAAAUGCCAGAUAGCUUCGAUGCAGCGAUCAGUCCACAGAUGCAGAUUAUCCUGCGCAAGCUGUCCAAGAAGGACCCAAUGACCAAGAAAAAGGCCCUGCAGGAGCUGCACGAACUGAUCGAACAGUCGGACUUGGAGGCCCUUAAGAACAUCCUCCCUCUGUGGCCCAAGUACUACCUGAAUCUGGCCAGCGAUCCGGAGCACAAUGUCCGGGAGUUGACGCAGACGGUACUGCAGUUGCUCAUGGCCAAGUGCAAGAAGGCGAUGGCACCGUAUUUAAAGUUGCUCGUUCCCGUUUGGCUCGGCAGCCGUUUCGAUACCUACGCUCCUGCCGCCAGCAUCGCGGGGCAAUCCUUUCGAGACACUUUUGCGGGGAACGCCAACCGCACCAGGGAGGUGUGCCUGCAUUGUCAGGUGGAGAUCCUCGAGUACGCCACCCGCAACCUGACCUUCCACACAGCCGCCACUCUGUCGAUCGGAAAAAGUCUUACUGCGGAGGAUGCGGAACAAAAGUACCAGCGCGUGGUUAUCAGCAGUCUCAAGUUGUUGUCCUUCUUCAUGGAGCAAACGUCGCAGACGGGGGAGCUCAGCCAGGUCAAGGAGGGGUUCGUCAAUCUGGUGACGCACCAGAAGUUUUGGAGCUUUGCCAAGCACAAAGUGCCGCCCAUAAAGGCCGCCUGGUUUGAGUGCAUCUAUCACGUCCUGCAAUCGGUUGCCCUUAUGGAGGUAAUCUCGCCUCAAAAGGCGCAGUUGACCACCCUCUGUUUUCAGUUUAUAGACGAUGCUGAUCCCGUGGUGGCUCCUCACAUAUGGGGAUGUGUUUUGCUCCUACAAAGCAACUACGAAGAUUGGUUUGUUCCGCUCAACAUUCGAAAGGCUCUCCUGCCUAAACUUUCCUCCCUUCUCCGCAACGGUUUCAAUCGGAACGCUCAGGCCAUCUGUCCGAAUCUACUACCAUUCCUGUCUAAGAUUACCCAAGCCUCCCUCCAAGAUCUGGAUAUCUAUGAUUUCUAUCAGCGCUUCUUUGACGACAUGAAGACGGCAGUCACGGAAAAAUUCGAUCCCCCGCUACCCAAAUCCGAUUGUACUGUAAUUCACAAUGCCUAUUUCGAGUGCCUACGUUUCCUGCUGCAGCAGAUUAAUAACAACAAAGAGCGUGAGCAGAAGGAUGAGGAAUUCGCAACAAGCUUACUACAAAACAACGUACUGGAACCUAUUGGAUGGCUGCUUAAGAGCGACAGUGCGCAUGUGAAGAUCUUUUUCCAGCAUAGUUCUGCACUAGUGGCCUUUUGGGAUCGGCAGAUCAACAAUAGAUUGGAUAAUGGUGGCCUCUAUGCCAAGUUGCUGAACCAGUUCUGGACACGUAUUUUCGAGCUGGUCACCCAAGAUCUGGCUGCCGAGCAGGUGAACGAGCAGCUGCUAUCACAUGUCCUGCUCUUAGUUCAGGAUCUGCAUGUGGCGAACCCUAGCCUGGACACUCCGAGUGUAAAGUUUGCGGAGGUGCAAGAUGAAAAGGUGGAGAAAAGCGAACCCACCACGCCAGUCAAAAAGGCUCAAGAAGCUGCGGCUUUUAUACAGAAGGAGCUGAAGCAGUUGGUGGUGAAGUUGGUGAGAAUCUGUCUUGAUAAGGCUAAGAACAGUGGAAGUGGUAGUUCAUCCUCGCGUUACAUAGAGCAAAUUCGGACCCUCACCAAAAUGUUUACCGAUGCUGCCUUUUACAAGAGUUUAACUGACGUCGGAGAUCUAGAAGGAGCACUCGAUAAAUUUGUUUCAUUGCUGGAACAACUGGAUAAUGACGCUUGCGAAUCUGUGGUGGAAAUCGUAUUUGAGAUUUUGCCGUUGGUAGCGUCGGAUAAACGAUUUGAAUAUAUUGAAAACACGCUCAUGAAGCUACCACAACAUCGCGUGCAAAACCUUUUGCUCCACCGUCUACUAUCGUAUCCGCUGUGUACUGAGCCGGCAGUAAGGCAGAUGCUCAGUGGCUCGGAAGUUUGUGCCGUGAUUGCGCGGAUUGCAGGAGAAGUUGUGGUGGACAAUGAUCGAGAAAAGCUGAACUUGCUUCACAAAUGCUUCUUCCAAACGGACACGGGAGACAUACUCAUCAAUGCUGAAACUGUGGAUAAAAUACUGCUGGCCAUGUGCGGGCCCCUCGAGCAGCCCCUUGUCGACGACAUGGUGGAAGUGUGUGGCAGCUUUAUUGCCCAGAUAAUGCCUGUGAUUUGCAGCAACGAAAACUCUUCAUUGCGCGUGCGCCAACAGAUCUUUCUUAGCCUGUUUAAAUUUAGUUUGGAGCAUCGGCCAGAGGAUUAUUUGUCGGAGGAUACUCUGUGGGAAAUUACCACCUGCUGGCAGGAUGCACUUUCAAGUAAAGACAUUGAGAUCAGUGAUGACAUGUUGAAGUCUUGUGCGAAAAUUGUUGGGAAUUUGGCAAAUUCAGUUGAACUGAAGGCGGAUAGUCUCGACGGAAUGGCAGAGGCAAUGGCCAAGUUUGUCAUUUGCUCCACGGAAAAUAUUGUGGACGAAAAGAAACGCUUGGAACGAAUUGACACAACAAUAGCGGCUUUGGAAUCCCCCCUGAAAACAUUUGAAAAGAUUCAGAAAUUUGAGAACCAUGUCGUGCUUCUGGAAGCCCUCCGAGGAUCUGUUAGUGCGGGAGUUCCCUUCGAAAGCGCUUCCCUUGCCAAGGAUGAAAUAUUACCAUUACUUCAACGUUCCACCCUUAACUUUUCAACCAUCUACAAACUUGUCUAUCAAUACCCUCCAACUCAAGACACAAACGAUCCUGAAGACGAGUUGACCGAGGAUUACUGUGAUCCAAAUGCCGAUGUGCUUAAGAUCUGGAACGAACCCUUAAUUGCUGAACUUAUUCAGUGUAUUCGCGUAGCAGGAACGGCAGAGAGCUGGCUGGAAGUUUCAGAGUUGCAAUUGUCUGCGGAGGAACUUGUGUUGAUCCUAUCGGAGAAGGUUCAUAGCUUUAUGGGCAACAGCAGCGAUUUGGUUGGAAUAGUCAAAGAGCGUCUUCAGCAGGAUGCAGUCCAGCAGUCCAGUGUGAUAGGAUGUCGCCUUCUGAGCUACUUUACAUUUUGUCCUCAGUAUGCGGCUUUCGAAGAAAGUGCCUCCAUUUUGCUGCACGAGGAUCUUUCGGAGUCCUUGGUGACGCAGGGAGCCCUCAAGACCUAUGUGAUGGCAUUACAGUAUCUUCUGCCUAAGCUUUCCCAAAAAGCAAUCACUCUUAAUUCGGCCAUAAUGAGAACGGAACCACCUGAGAUUUGGGUAAAGGCAGCCGUUUUCCAUGCCCUACUGUUAAACAACUUUGAAGCCGAGGUCAACGAACAAACAGAUCGUAAUAUUAUUGUAUCAGCCGUGCAGUUUAUGACCAGCAUAGGAGAGAAGCAAGCCAUCCAAAAGGAUUUACUCCAUUACAAUGUGGAAAUACACAAACAACCCUAUGAGUCUGUUAUAAAUACAGUGGAGUUCAUCAAACUUCUUACUGAAGUUUUAAAACGGUUUCCCUACGAGCUGAGCAUAAAAAACUGGGAUGCUAUUCGCAUAGGUCUUAGUUCUUGGAUUCUCUCCGUUUCUAAAUCCAUAGCUCAUUUCAAAGAUCCAAAGACUUCUCUUUUUGUUGUGGCUGUUUAUCAAUUGUUUGCCUCCUUGAUUGAAUUUGUACGCUCGGAGAAGCAGAAGAGUUCGACGGAAUUACUCAAAAACAUGAUCGAUGAAUGGGACUCUCUGUUUGCCAAGGAAGUCAAUGUAGUGCUCUUCAAGUCAUUUUAUCAGUUGACUCACGAAACGAGUGUAGAGCCAGGAUUUCAGGCGUGCUAUGAAGCCUUGCUGGAACGCCUUACGCCUACCCUAGAGCUUCUGGAUUACAGUUUUGUUUAUUCAUUCUGCAAGUCGAAUAGCAACAUCAGUCUGGACCACCUGUGUAAUUUCCUGUUCAAGCAACUCUAUAGUUACCAGCACUCGGUUCGAUUAAGUGCCGUACACUCCCUCCGCCAAUUAACGCCACACUUUGUAGCCGACGACAUAGAGUUGAAUGAGAAGCAGAGCGAGAGUCUGGACGCCUCAAGCACGAUAACCAAAUGGCACUUCCUCAAUCGUUUUGAGGACUACCUGACCCGCUACGAUAUCCUGAUACGAAAAUACCUGGAUGAGUUCACUUUCAAGCUAGCGGAGUUGGAAGAUCUAGAACCGAUUGACAGACAUGAUGCACUAAGCUACCUUUUCUUAUGGGAUUGUAUUAUUAAUGCCUGCGCCAAAUCUCCGGUUGCUUUGCGAGCUGUCUACACCAAUUGGCUGAAUGAUAACAAAUACGAAGAGAAUUUUCUACAUUUCCUCUUCCGCGCGAUGCCAGUGGACAUACUUAAAAAUCACGGGGCUAAGGUGCACAGCAACGGCGUUUACAAGGAGCUCAGUUGGUCUCAGCUGAAGGAUCGCAAGCUACCACUGGAGCGAUAUGUUUGCCACCUGUACACGGAGGUGCUCCGGAAGCUGCCGGCCGUGGUGCGCAGAUGGUGGAACACCACCCAGUCCAGGCAGAAGAACUUCGUGGACAACCUCACCACCAACUACGUGAGCUCUCUGAUUUGCAGCGAGGAGCUCAAGGCGAUCGCCAAUCGCAAGGAGAAGCACGAGAACAUGCAGGUCACUGUCCACUCCUCCACUCGCGAAGUGCUGGCGGUCUAUGCCAUCGAUGAGGCCCGCAUGGAGCUGGUCAUAACACUGGCCCCCAAUUAUCCGUUGGGAGCUGUAAAGGUCGAGUGCGGCAAGCAGAUUGGUGGACGGGCUUCAUCCCGGAAUGUGGGCAUGCAGUUGACCAUCUUCCUGACCCAUCAGAACGGCACCAUAUACGAUGGCCUGACCAUGUGGAAAAACAACCUGGACAAGAAGUUUGAGGGCGUGGAAGAGUGCUAUGUUUGCUAUACCGUCAUCCACCAGGACACUUGUCAGCUGCCCAAGCUCACGUGCAAAACCUGUAAAAAGAAAUUCCACGGACCUUGUUUGUACAAAUGGUUCACCACAAGCAGCAAGUCCACCUGUCCCAUAUGCCGUAACGUCUUCUAGAUAUGUGUAUAUACAUAUAGAUACCAGCUAAAUCAUUAGUUGACAACACGUAUUAAGCAAAAGGCACAACCAAACCAUUCAAUGUAGGCAAUAGUUUCUGGUCUCUCAAGUUGUAAAUCGGCAAUAAUAAUAAAUCGUACAUGUUUAAAUGUUCUUUAUGAGAUGUUAA